CUCGAUCCCAAACCCACCAAAAAAGGACCCCGAGAAGUCCAUUUCUACAGACCCUCGACCCGUGAUCGAGGCACAACCAGUACUUGCCAACCCUUGCGACGACAAGUCCAUCGCAUCUCUUGAUUGCGAAGGACAAGGCCUCAAUCGGUAACUAAUAAUCGACAUCGAAACAUCGACCAAAUAUCCCUCCCCACCAAAGAGCGCCGACUCUGUAGCCGGCCCUCUAUACUCGUCUACGCGCUACGAUAUUGAAAUCGUUGCGCGUGGCAUAACCCACCAACCGCAAUCAUGGCUCCCAAAAAGAAGGAGGUCCAGAAGUUUUCCCUCGGGGAAUUCAUGACGGACUCAGCUUUUGGUGGAGGAUCGUGGGCUGAUGAAGUCGAGGAUACAUAUGGAACUCAACCUCUUCCCCCAUCCGACCGACGUGGAAAUAGUGGCUACGGCGGUGGCGGCUAUGGCUCAUCCGACAGAAUGCCGUAUGCACCCAGGGAGCGCGAUUCCUUCCCGCAGCGGAUUCCCGACAAGCCGCCCUACACUGCUCACUUGGGCAAUCUCUCAUAUGACGCAACCAACGAGACCGUGACGGAUUUCUUUGCCGCAUGUGAAGUCGUCAGCGUCCGCAUCGUGGAGGACCGCGAGCAGCAGAGGCCCAAGGGCUUUGGGUACGCCGAGUUCGCUACCGCAGAAGGGCUCCAGAAGGCCUUGAACUUUGAUGGCGACUCUUUCCAAGGCCGUGUGAUUCGUGUUCGCAUUGCCGAUCCUCCCAAGAACAGCGAGGGCCGUAGUGAGGCCAGGGAGCUGGACUGGUCACAGCCACGCAAGGGACCUUUGGCAGAUAUGCCCCGCAACGACCGUCGUGGGCCGAGCGAAUUUGGAGAACGCCGCGAAUUCAACAACGAGCGCCGGGAGUUCAAUGACCGCCGAGCACCUCGGGAGUUGGUUGAUGACGGCAAGGUCCGUGACUUCAGUGAUUGGUCCCGCAAGGGCCCGCUGUCCCCUCGCCCGGACACUGCCCGUCAAAACUCUUCGCGAGAGGGCAGCAGACCUCCCUUUGAGGGCGGAGACUCGUCCAACCGUGAGGACCGCAGAUCUUCCGCUGCUACUUGGGGCGAAGGUCGCCAGGAUGGGUCUCGCCCACCUCGUCGUGAGUUUGCCGACCGUCCCGCUCCUGAGAGGGCUCCUACAGCUGCCGAGAAGGAUAUGCAGUGGAGAAGCAGCAUGCGUCCCGAUCAGCCCACAAAGUCCCCCGCUCAGUCGCGCAGUGGCAGCGAGGCUCCCCCUUCGCCAGCCCCCGCAGCCGCAGCACCUGCCCCCGGCGGUCGUCCUAAGCUUAACCUGAUCAAGCGGACGAUUUCCGAGGCACCCGAUGUCACUUCGCCGGCUUUGACAGGCAGCGACUCCAAGGCCAGUCCUUUUGGUGCCGCUCGUCCCAUCGACACCGCUGCCAAGGAGCGGGAAAUCGAGGAGAAGCGCCUUGCCGCGUUGCAGGAGAAGAAGGAGGCGGAGGAGAAGGCUAAAGAAGAGCGCCGUCUCGCUAAGGAGGCUGCCGACAAGAAGGCGGAGGAAGAUGCAAAGGCCGCCGAGCAAAACGGCGAUGCACAGAAGGUUGAAGAAGCAACAGAGGCAAAGGAGGCAAAGGAGGCGAAACCAGAGCAGCCAGCCGAAGCUGCUACUCCCACAGAGCAAAAGUUAUCUGUGCGGACACGUGAGCAGGCUCCUGUUCCCAAGUCUAGGGCUACUGAGAGUGGUAACUGGAGGUCGGCUUCGAGCGAGCAAAGGGGCGGAAGGGGUGCAACCAGUGGUCCCCGCCGGGGAGGCGGCGGCCCUCGAGGUGGCCGAAACGAUGGGCCGAGGCCGCCGCGUGCCAACGGAGGGCAACAGUCGCAGCCUGGAACUCCUGUCACUGCAGGACCAGACUCUACCCCUGAUGAGGACGGCUGGACGACCGUAAAGAAGGCCAAGGGUAGUGGUCGCCCUAUUGCAUCCUAGAAGCACAGGCUCUAGGCGUCCACUGGACAUCAGCGCGGGUUUUCAACAUGAAGAGGAUGACCCUUUUAUACGAAGCCUGAACGCCGUUACGAUGCUACUGAAAUUCCAAAAGUCACUGUACCAUACCAAACACAGGUUCCCGGCCUACUGCUUUAAGGAUCCCAACAUCUUCGCGCACAAAAAUGUCUGUGACACACUGGGUCAUGCUUGGAUAUUCCUAGCAGCUGCUGCCCUUUUUCUCGUUCUCGAUGCAGUGUGGCUCCAAGACUUCUCUCUCACUGUCAUCCAGCCCUACCGACACUAGCACUUUCCAGACCCAACGUUGCCGGCAAUGCUGGAUACUCAUUUUUAUGCCGUCUACCUCGGUCCCGCUAUGACUCCAGACUCGGCGAGUUGGCACGCUUCGCUGCUUGAGUUAUCAACCGCUGCCUGGCGUCCUCCAUCAAAACGCUCCACUUGAUUCGUCUUUCUUUCCGUGACAUGACACUUCAUCACCGAGUGUCUCUCGCAUCUCUGCGCCAUGUUCCAAGUACCCGCUUGAGCAUGCGUAUGUCUCUUUUUUUAUUUUUGUUUUUGUGUGUGGCUGUGGAACGCAAAUUUUCCAGAUAUUUGUGACUGGACGUGAAAAGGGGUUUUGACUGGGCGUUUCGGCUGUACAUAGUCGUCUUCUAUUUUUUUGUUUUUUUUUUUUUUUUUUUUGUUUCUCCGAAUUUUGGCCCGCAUUUCUACAUGUUAACGAGUGAAUUUUCAGGGUUGGAUUUAUUUCUA